AUGGAAAUCCCCUGGAAGUACCAAUUCCGAAUAAUCCUUCUAGGAGAUUCCACUGUGGGCAAGUCUUCUUUGUUGCGACGCUACACAGAGGGCAUCUUUGUUGAGAGCGGCCCCCACACAGUGGGGGUGGACUUCUCUGUGCACUUCGUGGAAGUAGAGCCAGGGGUCCAGGUGAAGCUGCAGUUCUGGGAUACAGCUGGUCAGGAGCGAUUCCGGUCAGUGACUCGCUCCUACUACCGGAAUUCAGCUGGAGGCCUUUUGCUCUUUGAUAUCACUAAUAGAACAUCCUUUGAGAGCAUCACCCAAUGGCAUCAGGAGGUUCUGAAGAAAGUGAAUCCCUUCAACAUCCUCUUCCUGGUGGUAGGCCACAAGAGUGACCUGGUGGCUGAGCGACAAGUGAUGCCAGAGGAAGGAGAAAAGCUAGCUGCUUCUUUGGGUGCUCGUUAUGUUGAAACCUCAGCCAAGAGCAACAGCAAUAUCACCAUAGCCUUUGAGCUGCUCACUCAGGAGAUUUAUGAGGCGGUGAAGAAGGGGUUCAUGGGACCAAACUCAGAAUGGGAGGGAGUGAAAAGCAGAGUCCGUCUCACGCCAUGUUUCAGGAGGCAGAAGACCAAAGCAGUGCAAAAUGGAUGUGCCCAUGCUGGUGACCUCUGA